AUGGGACUACCUGCCCUGGAGUUCAGUGACUGCUACCUGGACAGCCCGCAGUUCAGGGAGAGACUGAAGUCCCACGAACUGGAGCUCGACAAGACCAACAAGUUCAUCAAGGAGCUUAUUAAAGACGGCAAGGCGCUCAUCCAGGCUUUGAAAGGUCUGUCAACAGCGAAAAGGAAGUUUGCUGAUUCUCUCAAUGAGUUUAAAUUUCAGUGUAUUGGAGACGCCGUGACGGAUGAUGAGAUCUGCAUAGCCAAGUCUCUUCAGGAGUUUGCAGCAGUCUUACAGAACCUGGAGGAUGAGAGGACACGGAUGAUUGAGAAUGCCAGCGAUGUGCUGAUAAUACCUCUGGAACGGUUCAGAAAAGAACAGAUCAGUGCAGCCAAGGAAGCCAGGAAAAAAUAUGACAAAGAAACAGAGAAGUAUUGUGCAGUGCUGGAGAAGCACCUUAGCCUUUCAGCAAAGAAGAAAGAGUCGCAUUUACAUGAAGCGGACAGCCAGGUAGAUAACGUACGGCAGCAUUUCUACGAGGUUUCUCUGGAAUACGUCUUCAAGGUGCAGGAGGUCCAAGAAAGGAAGAUGUUUGACUUUGUGGAACCUUUGUUGGCGUUUCUUCAAGGCCUGUUCACCUUCUAUCACCAUGGCUAUGAGCUGGCAAAGGACUUCAACCACUUCAAGACGGAUCUCACUAUCAGCAUACAGAAUACAAGGAACCGUUUUGAGAGCACACGGUCUGAGGUGGAGAGUCUGAUGAAGAAGUUGAAGGAGAAUCCACAUGAACACAAGAGUGUCAGCCAGCACACUAUGGAGGGCUACCUCUUUGUGCAGGAGAAGCGGUCGUUUGUAUCUACCUGGGUGAAGUACUACUGUACGUACCAUCGUGAACCCAAGAAGGUCACCAUGGUAUUAUUUGACCCCAAAUCAGGAGGAAAAACGGGAGAAGAGGAGAGCUUUAUCCUCAAGUCGUGCACCAGGAGGAAGACGGACUCGAUAGAAAAGAGGUUCUGUUUUGAUGUGGAGGCUGUGGACAGACCCGGAGUGAUCACCAUGCAGGCGCUGUCAGAAGAAGACCGCAGGUUGUGGAUGGAGGCCAUGGAUGGGAGAGAACCGGUGUACAAUCUGAACAAAGACAGCCAGGCUGAAGGCAUGGUCCAGCUGGAUGUCACAGGGUUCAACGUAAUGAAAAAAUUCAUCUAUGCAGUAGAGACUCGAGGUAUCAAUGAGCAGGGCUUGUACAGGAUCGUUGGUGUCAACUCCCGAGUUCAAAAACUACUGAGCCUCGCUAUGGAUCCUAAGACAUGUGCUGAUGUGGAGCUGGAAAACCCAGAUUGGGAGAUUAAGACUAUCACAAGUGCUAUUAAGCACUAUCUCAGAAUGCUGCCUGCACCUCUCAUGACAUACCAGUACCAGAGGAGCUUCAUCAAAGCUGCAAAGUUGGACAACCCAGAGGCCAGGGUGACAGAGGUCCAUGCUCUCGUGCACCGACUACCUGAGAAGAACAGGCAGAUGCUGGAGCUGCUAGUAAAACACCUGGCCAAUGUGGCGAGUCACCACCAGCACAACCUGAUGACCAUUGCCAAUUUGGGUGUGGUCUUCGGGCCUACCUUGCUCCGCUCCCAGGAAGAGACAGUGGCCGCCAUCAUGGACAUCAAGUUUCAAAACAUUGUAGUGGAGAUCCUCAUAGAGCACCAUGAGAAGAUAUUCAGGGAUGUGCCGAGUUCUGCGGGAAGUCUGACCAACCUCAACCUGUCCAGGAAAAAAAGCAAUGAGAACAAAGCCCCGUCCUGCAGUGAAAGGCCUCUCACACUUUUCCACACACCAACACAUUCCCAGAAAGGUGAAAAAAGGAACAAUGUUGUCAAUGCCACAGUCAGCGAGCCGCAGCAGCCGGCUUCCUCCUCCGCCAACUGUAACAGCAGCAGCAGCAGUAGCAGCGGCAGCAGCCAAGGUCAGACCUCGAGACACAGCCUGACCAGCAAUGACGGAGAGCAAGACACGCAGCAGACCCGACCCAGCUCACUGCUCAACCCAAAGAGUCGAGGCAGUAUACCAACCAACGCAGCGUCUCCUAGCCCCACUUCACCACAUUCUCCCUCCUGGCCGUUGUUCUCUGCACCGUCGAGUCCACAGCCGACAUCCUCAGCAUCCAGUGACUCCUCUCCUGUCAGUAUUGCGGGUAGGAAGGCUCUAGCACUGUAUGCCUGCAAGGCAGAGCAUGACUCUGAGCUAUCCUUCAUCGCUGGAACCGUAUUUGAGAAUGUUCAUGCCUCCAGGGAACCAGGUUGGCUGGAAGGGACAUUGGACGGUCGAACAGGACUGAUACCAGAAAACUACGUGGAGUUUUUAUAGUCCAGGGCUGAAAAAAAGACCUGUACUGGACUGGGGUUGACCAAACUGGACUGUAGAGGACUAGAUUUUACUGCACAGAAAUGAACAAACUCUAUUAGAUCGUAUACUAUACAGGACUGGACCAUUGUUGACGAGGCCACUGUUGAAACUGGAUCAAGCAGAACCAUAACAAAUGAUUAUUACAAGAAGUGGAAUGGACUGGGCAUGGACCCAUGAAUUGCACUGGAACAAAAAAAAAAGUCUCAGUUCCACUGUGGUUCCAGCUGUUAUCCCAAGUUCUAGUGCAAAUGAUGUGUGUGUUAGAGAGAGUAGAGAAAAUGUAGGUGAACUGAUAUUUCUCAGCUGGGAGGCUGGUGAUUUCUUUUUCAGCCCCUGCUCUAUUAUUUUGAACUGCACUGCCACUCCUUCAAAUAGAAAGCUCUUUUGUGGAGAUGAUGGUGAUAUCAGGAACGUUAUAUUUGCUAGUUCACAAGAUGUAUGAAUGAUUGUUAAUCCCACUGGGGGACUGGAGCUUUUAAAGCAGAUUUAAAUGAUUGGGUUUGAUUGUAUGACUUCGCCAGGACAAGACUCAACCAGUUUAAUGUUCCUAUUGCUGUAGCAGGAGCCCCAAGGCAGAUCAGCAGAGGGUUAGCCUGAAAACAGUUCACCAAAAGGUCAGCAUUCGGUUUCUCCUUUUCUUUCUUUUUUUUUAAUUUUUAUAAAUGCCUAUCUCUGCAGAGUCCUCACAAAAAAUGUGAAAUUUUAAACCAGCUCCAUCAGCAGGUCAGUGGUUUUACAGAAA